GCCGGGGUAGAGGGGAUGGUUCCUACGAACAUACUAAACAAGUAGUAUGUCUUCUUGGAGGAAACAUGUGGAUUUCUCGCACAUGGUGCUGAUGCGAUAUGGUUUCAGCCCCCGCUUCGCCGCCACGCCACUUACACAGCGCGCUGAUCGUGUCUUUCCUGAACGGGUAGUAUUCAUGACGCACGGACGGUGGACACUUCCAAUGCGUUGCUUUCUCAGCUCUUGGCAUGGCAUUGCAAGCUUUCGUGUGCUUAAAGCACGAUGACGUGGGACUGGGACGGGAAGCGUGUAGGUGAGGAGUGGGAUGGUGAGGCGGUAUAUAUAUGGGUGUGGACUCGGCAAGGGCAAGACGCAGCAUCUGAAAGCCACCGCAGAGUGUCCCGGAAGAGUGUCCAUCUCGCACUCGGCGGCGCAGAAACAGCCGCAAGCAAGAUCGUCUCCAGUGCUCACGUGCACCGCCCAUCCCAUCGUCCGGUCCCACGCGCGCUCCCACACCACGGCGAGCCUGUCCCCCGGCCCUCGGAAAGCCGCAUUCGAAACUGCAUCGCAACGCCACGGGAUGGGCUGCGGCGCGUCAAAGUCCCCCGCGUAUCCCGCGCCGAGACCAUACCCCCCCGCGCUCCCUCAACACCAUCAGCAAUACUACACCCCUCACGUCAUCCCGCCAAUGACCCAGCACCAACACACCGCUCCGCAUCCCCAGCAACAGUACAACGCUUCGUACCAGGCCUAUGCCACCUUCCCCGCGCAAGGCCCGCACAGCCAGCACCAGACCUAUGUGGGGUACAAUGGGCGCCCGUAUACUAUUGUGAAUCCGAAGAAGGACAGGAAGAAGGGGAGGAAGGGAAAGCAGUAUGGCAAGAUCGGCGAGGCGAUGGGGGAACUGCUCAGUUCAGGGGGCGAUGCUGGGGGCGAUGGUGGAGGUGGAGGAGGAGGGGGAGGAGAUGGAGGGGGAGCGGCAUGUUAG